CAUUCUGGCGAUCCCCUUCACAUUAUGUCGCAUUUGCAGCUUUUCCUGUCUGUUUCAUUGGAUGCACUGCUCCAUGUGGUGAUCAAAUGCUGCAGGUUAGACCAGGGUUUGUUACGCCACUAUUUCCAUCGCCCAUCCAUUGUAAGGACUAGACCCAACACUGGCUUUUUCGAUAUCAAGUCUACGUACGCCGGUCUUUUUCCCAGCGUGGGCAUGUCCGCGCUUGCUAAAAUUCACGCAAGACUUGCUAGUGAAUUGAUUCAUCAUUAACGGUGAAGUGGCAGGAUAUUGCAUUAGCCAUGGAAGAAAAAAAAAAAUUAAAUGGGAUUGUCAAUGCCGUGUAAUUGAGACACCUGUCCACCGAUAUGCCUAUCCGGGCUCAGAAAGAAACAAUAUUACCCAAACGGGUAAAAUGGAUGCACGAUUGGAAAAAGUUCCCCCGUCUUUCUUUUCUUCUUUUGUUCUGCGAGGGCAACUUCCGUGGAAGGCCACUACUGCAGUCGGAUAAUUUCCUAGAUAGCAAAUUCGUAAUACAGACUAUCUGAACCUUGAUAGGCAGCACUCUCCUCCAUUGGAAUUCAUCCAUGACUGAGAGUAUUAAUCACAGCAAUUUCAUUCGAACCCGCAAGGCGGUUGCCCCCUUCCCCAGAUAAUCUUCCCACCCCACGCGACGGUGAUCUGGAUUCAGAAGCGUCCACUCCUGUUUGAGUUCCCACCGUGCACCUACUAUCAGGGCAGGGAUCAAAAAAUUAAAGGAAUAAGAAAUUAAAGCCACUAUCUCGUACUCUAUACACCGCAUCUCGAAAAGCCAUGUCUGCUGACCUUGUCCUUCCCCCCCUCCCUUUCAAAAAGUAAUCAUGAUAUUGUCUGAUCCCUCACUUUUUUCCCCCUCUAACCUUCUGUUACCCAGAGAUAGCGACAGCAAUUAGUUGCUAAGAGGAAUUAUCAACCAGUGGUCGGUUCCGAUGCAUAUCAGCUGCAGGACCCGAAUAGCUCGAACGUUGCCUGCGCCUAAUCGCAUUGACAUGGCUUCCUAUUGGUAGGCGUGACAUGAUGGGUGCAUCUCAGGAUAACAAUGAUAGGAAAGACAUAUCGAGGUACCGGUGUCUAUCUUUCCCGUCUUAUCUUUGUGCAAUUUGGGGGAUAUUGAAGUGGAUGGCCG